AAUUAACGCAAUUAAUUAACUUAUCUUAUUACAGAAUAAUCUAGUUUUCACAGACUUUCUACAUUAAGGCAUUGCUGCUGCAGUUUUUACUACUAAGACAUGAUGAUCUGCAUUCGUAUUGUAUUGGGCCUAUUUUUUAUUGCAAAAUGCAGUGCUCAAAUCACUUUUAUGCUUCAAAAUGUUACGGCCGAAGUUGGCAGUGAUGCAGUUAUACCAUGUAUAUAUGAAACUGUUGGGCUUGAAGGCAUGAUACCAACGAUCAGGUGGUACGCACAACAAGAAAGUAGCAGACCACGUCUCUACGUAUUCGUGCAAGGUGAUGAAGGAUCGACAUUUAAGGGAAAAGGCAUCACAAGAAACCUUACCAUUGGGAUGGAUGGGUCACUUAUCAUUCCCCAAGUAACUCUCGCCGAUAAUGAUGAAUUUUCCAAGCUAGUUUGCGAAGUAGAUUUUGCCAGCGGUGGCCAAGCUGAAGGUCCCCUUACUUUUGGUGUUUAUUCAUUCCCUACUACUGAGCCAGUUACAACAAGUGACUUGACUGAAUUUGAAUCUAGCGAAGAAAAAGUCAUUGUCGGUAGUUGUGAAAGUGGAAGUGGGUAUCCUGAACCAGUGAUAACAUUUUACAAAGGAUCUGAGCUGAUCAGUAGUAAUAGCGGUGAUGAGAAAGUUAACGAAGGUGAAGCUAAUGACUUUCUCAAUGUAUUCAACUCUGGAAUAAUAAAAACCUCCGAAACAGAUGGCACUACCUCAGUAAAAAAAACUCUCAGCAUUCCAUUAAGCAAGGCGGACGAUAACAUGCAAUUUUACUGCGUUGUCACCACAACCAUGGGAAGCGAAAGCAAGAUGCAAAAUGCAACCAUGCCAUUAUUCAGAGUUAAAUACCCAACUGAUGAAGUAACAGUAACAAGUGAUUCUAAUAUGAUUGAGAUCGGUGAUACGAUCAUGCUUACAUGCGAAGGAAAUGGUUAUCCCGAACCAAGCAUAACAAGCUUCAACGAGGGAACUUCUUCAACAAUAAGUGUCACGGUCACUAAGGAGGAUAACAACAGAGUGAUUGAAUGCACAGCCACCAACCCAACAUCUGUUCCAGUUACUGGAAGUUAUACUAUUAAUGUAAAUUAUCUUGACACACCUAUGAUAACUGGAAGCGAAAUUGUAAAGCUCGGUGCAGCAUUUGAACUCUCUUGUGCUUCAAGUGGAAACCCACAAGUUUCAUCUAUUAUGUGGAAAAAGAACGGCCAAGAUUAUUCUCAAUCAAAUCCUAUCAAUGUGGCAUCAGCUGCGUUUUCUGACCAGGGUUUAUACCAGUGUGUUGCUACUAAUGGAGAUAAGACAGCUACUCAAGAAAUUGAAGUGACAGUCAAUGGAUUGAGUGUUAACAACGAGGAAAAGAUCUUUGAAUCAAUCGACUCUGGAAAUACUGCAGAAAUGGUUUGUGUUGCUGAAGCUAACCCUGCACCAAGCUUUGUGUGGGCACGUGUUGGCUCGGAAGAGGAAGGUAUGCAUGACAUUGGUUUAAAUUUACAGAUACAAAACCCAUUCAUUUUAAUAGUCACUGAAGCUAUUCUUACUCAAAAUGGAAUGACAUACACAAGCACAUUGACUGUGGGACCACUUGAUAAAACAUUUUCAAAUGUAAAAUAUACUUGUACGGUGUCAGCUGAUGGAGAGACUGUAGAAAAGUCAUUUGUUUUACCAGAAAUAGAAACGGACAAACCAGAGAAAGAAAUUCUUGACAAAUCUGGUUCUCCAACUGCUGGUAUUAUAAUUGGCAUCCUUGUCGCUUUGCUGGUAGUUGCCAUCAUCAUUGCUGUUUUAUAUAACAAAGGAAUUAUAUGCAACAAAGGAGAAAAGGGUGAUGAGAAUGCAGAAGAUAUUGCCGUGGAAAUCAACAAAGAUGAUGCAGCUAAUGAUGAUGUAGAAGCAGCGCGUAAACCUGAAGAUGCUGCUGAACCUGAAGAAGACACAAGACUUGUUAAUGGAAACGGUGAUCAAUGAUCACCAUACAACGACGAUUAAAGAUUUUAUGCAAUUGCAAUGGUCCGGUGACACAUUAUAAACACUUGGUGUUUCAAGACACAAUUUCUUUGUAUGCUACCAACCACCUAACAUACAUGGUGUUUUAAAACAUUGUAACACGUUAACGGAUAAGGACAAUCGUGGUGGCAUACUGGUUUGUGUCUCGUUUUUUUAUCUAUUGGCCAAUAUAUUGCUUUCAUAACUAAAUGCGAUCGUUACUAAAUCAAGAAUGAACGUAUUUCUUGACGUUCGUUGUGCCAUCCAUGUUUUAUUGCAUUUCUUAUAAACCGUGAAUUCCGGUGCCAUGUCGUGUAUAUAUGCAUUUUACUACUGAUGCGUUGUAGCCGGUAACAGCAUUGUUAAACGCAGUGUUUUUAAUGUUACACACAAAACUAUUACCUUUACAUAUAUGACAUUAAAUAUUCAACAUAACGUUUUUAUUUGAAAACAUUUUCUCACUAAUCCAAGCAAAUAACUUCCACAUAUAUAUUUACUGCACCGAGUUUCAUAAUGUAAAUAGAUGUGUUCAAAAUUUUAACUCACAAGCCAUUGUUGACAUGAUACGCCUUUUCACGCUUUUUAUGCCAACCUGGUAUGGUUGUUAAAGCCAGCUAUAUAUUUAACAACCAUAAAUUUAGAAUUUCAGGAUUUUAGUGCGUUUUUCCACACCCUAUGAUAUUUCUUUUUUUGGACCUUAAACAUACAACACGAUCUACAUUGUGAACUACAACGACUGUACACUUGAUUCUGUCCACAAUUUUUCGUUUGUUGCUAUUUUUAUUUCUUAUGUGUAUAUUGGCUUAUUGUUCACUCGAGAUAGUUAGCAAAAUAAGUUCACCAAAUAUCAUUAUAGAGACUAGCAAUUCUUUCCCUGCUACUAUAUAUGAGUUACAUUUAUAUUUGAUGCUAUUUCGCUACGAAUCCAUAACUACUUCCAUACUAUUUUAUAAUCUAUUGUUAAUUGAACGUAAACCAAAGCGACUAACAUUAAAUUUAAGUUAACACCUUUUUGGAAUAAGUUAAUUAAAUACAAGAACUUUCGAGUACA